CAGCACUAUUCCUCUUUUACUUCUCCAACACUUGCACUAUGCAGCACAUUGAUCGCUCCCAACUCUACUCUGACGGUGAAUACCGAUUUAACUAUGUCAGCCAGUUCAUGGACUUUGGCGCUGACGACAUCAAGGCCAUCGAAAGCGUAGCCGACAAGAUCAGACCGCUUGUGCCGGUCGUUGUCGACGCCGUAUAUGCCAAGCUGUUCACCUACGAUAUCACCAAGAAGCACUUUUUGCCAAAGAACGAAGGUUUCGAAGGUCAAACAGCUGCGUCGCUCGAAGACUUGACACUCGACCAUCCGCAAAUCAAAUUCCGCAAAGAUUUCUUGUCAAAGUACUUGAACAAGCUCUUGUCCGGGCCCUACGACGAGCGCAUGCUCCGCUACUUGGACUGGGUUGCCAAAAUCCAUACUGACACGCCUCAAAAGAAGAGCAAGAUCAACGUCGAUUACAUUCACAUCAACGCGCUCAUGGGAUACGUCGAGACUACCUUGGUUGGCGGUAUUUUGUCGUUGAAAUUGCCCGAGGACCAGCUUGGGGCCGCAUUGUCCGCAUUCAACAAACUUUUGUGGAUCCAAAACGAUUACUUUGCAAAAUACUACUGUAACCCCGAGGCCACGAUCCAAGAGAAGACAGAGAGCACCUGUCAGCAGCUGUUGAGCUUGCCAACGGCAGUGGGUGCUUUGGUGGGUGGUUUGGCUGUAUGGCUCGCUUAUAACAAGAAGUAAUCAAUUAUCAUCGCAUGUAAAUAUCAAUUAUAUAUAAAUAAAUUAAUGCUACCAUAUUA